GUGAUUUUUUAAAAACAAAAACAAAAGCUCCUCAAUGCGUGGAAGGCACGCUAUAACGGCUCCUUCUAAAGACUGUAUUUACCUUGUCUCUCCGCACCAACAGUGCUAGCGUUAGGGCUUCGGUUUCGGUUUUCAAUUUUGGAGCGAUGGAGGGUUGGGAUCCGAGGACGAAGACGACGCUGACCCAGAUCCCACUGCUGUCGACGAAGGCCGGACCACGCGACGGCGCCUCAUGGACGCAGAGGCUGAAAGAGGAAUACAAGUCUUUGAUCGCCUACACUGCCAUGAACAAGUCUAACGACAACGAUUGGUUCAGGAUAUCCGCCAAUCCCGAGGGUACGCGCUGGACGGGAAAGUGCUGGUACGUUCACAACCUUCUCAAGUACGAAUUUGAUCUUCAGUUCGAUAUUCCAGUCACGUAUCCUUCUACUGCACCCGAGAUCGAGCUCCCUCAACUCGAUGGCAAGACCCAAAAGAUGUAUAGAGGAGGGAAGAUAUGCUUGACCGUGCACUUCAAACCGUUGUGGGCUAAGAACUGUCCUAGGUUUGGUAUUGCACAUGCUCUUUGUUUGGGUCUAGCACCAUGGCUUGCUGCAGAAGUUCCAAUACUUGUUGAUUCUGGCAUGAUCAAGCACAAAGAUGAUGUAGCGUCAUCCAGUGAAUCGUAGUAUGUAUUUUGUUGCUAGGGCUGCAACAGUUGUUGUGAAUUUGCAGAUUUCUUUGAUUGAUCAGAAGAAUAAUGAAUUUUCAUGGGCAAUUUGUUAUGAAAGUCUGUUAGUUACAAAGGAUACAUGCAUAUGACUUGAAACAUAUGCAGAGUGCUCUCAAGAAUUUGUGUACCCCCCUUAUUUAUAGAAAUUAUAAUAUACAAAAUUUUUCCA